UUAUAAACACGGGCUGUCCGGUGUCCGCCCGCACGAGACCCGCAGCCCCAGGAGAGCUCACCUGCCGCCGGUGACCCGCCGACACACCGGCCGCUUCCUGACGGUGACCCGCCGCCGUGCGCCGAGCCCGACCGGCUUUAGGAGCGGAUCUCUCGGUUCCCUCAGAGCUGCGCAGUUACCGGAGCCCGAGGAGUCCGCCCCGAAUCACCGGCCACUUCCUGUGCCCGAGUCCCGGGACAGCGGCGGCUUCCCUCGCGUCCCGAGGCCGCGCAUGUUCCCGGACGCACUGACAUGGAUGUUCGGCCGCGGCUGCCCCGCGGCUCCGACACGGUGAGGUAACGGGACCGGGACGGAGCGGCUUUCCUUUCGCAGCGACCUGUUGCCACAACCCCAACCCGGGAUGUCCGGAGCCGCCGCGCCGCUGCUGCUGCUGCUGGCCGCCGGGGCUGCGCUCACCUCCGGCCGCGCGGUGCCGGGACACGGCCCGGCCCAAACACACACACACACACACAGCCCCGGACACACAGGUCCGGAGCGACAGCGCCCCCUCCUGGAGAGGACUCGGCCCUUCGCGCUGGUGGACGGUCAGAGGCGGAGUCUGGCUGAGGCCCUGCAGGACGGUCACCCGGACACGCUGCAGUUUGGCCUUCAGGUCGGAGGAGAACUCUUCCUCCUGGAGCUGGAGAAGAACCAUGACCUUCUGCCCAAACCGCCAAAUGUCUUCUACUACCUGCCUGACGGCACCGGCGUCUCAGUUACGGCCGACCCCGUGACUCACUGUUACUACCACGGCUCGGUGCGAGGCUUCCCCCACUCCAGAGUCGCCGUCAGCACCUGCUCCGGACUCAGGGGCGUCAUCGCCAUCAACUCCACCCUGAGCUUCGAGCUGCAGCCGCAGGAAGAGGAGCACCGCGGAGGAGGAGGAGGAGGAGGAGGAGGAGGUGAUGAAGACGAUGUCCACCUGCUGUACUCCACCAGGCCUCUGGAGGGCGACGGCACCGGAGGCUGCGGGGUGUCCCACACCGCCAUCCCUCCCAUCCACAGCACAGCACACACACACAGGAAGAGGAGAGACAUCCUGUCUGAGACCAAGUACAUUGAACUGGUGCUGGUAGUCGACCACCAGGAGUACCUGAACCACCAGAAGAACAACAAGACCAUCAUCUACCGCAUGCUGGACGUGGCCAACCAGGUGGACUGGUUCUACCGGCCGCUGAAGGUGCGCGUGGCGCUGACCGGCCUGGAGAUCUGGAGCGACCGCGAUAAGAUCCAUGUGGAGAAGAGCCCGACCGACACGCUCAACCACUUCCUGGAGUGGAGGAGCCGGGAGCUGCUGCCACGCCUUCGCCAUGACAACGCCCAGCUCGUCAUGGGCGGGGCGUUUGAUGGCACCACGGUGGGCAUGGCGUCGCAGUCGUCCAUGUGCUCCAGAGACCGAUCAGGAGGCGUGAACGUGGACCACCUGGUCAGCGUUCUGGGCGUGGCCUCCACCGUGGCUCAUGAGCUCGGUCAUAACUUGGGGAUGAACCACGACACGGCCGAGCGCCGCUGCCUCUGCGAGAACGAGCAGCGGCUCGGCGGCUGCAUCAUGGAGCCGUCCACCGGGUUCAUGCCGGGCCAGCAGUUCAGCAGCUGCAGCGCCUCAGACCUGUCUGUCAGCCUGCUGCAUGGGGGGGGCAUGUGCCUGUUCAACGUGCCGCGGCCCGACAGCCUGCUGGGGGGGCCCAGGUGUGGCAACCUGUACGUGGAGAGGGGGGAGCAGUGCGACUGCGGCCUGCUGGAGGAGUGUGAUGACCCCUGCUGCAACGCCUCCACCUGCCAGCUGGUGCCUGGAGCUCAGUGCUCAUCUGACGGAGUGUGCUGCCACGACUGCAAGCUGCGUGCGGCGGGCUCGGUGUGCCGCCCCCCCCUCGGCGACUGCGACCUGGCCGAGCACUGCACAGGCUCCUCCCCCCACUGCCCCCCCAACGUCUUCCUGCAGAACGGCGAGCCGUGCGACGACGGCGCCUCCUACUGUUACGAGGGCGUCUGCGCCAGCCUGGACGCCCAGUGCCAGACGCUGUGGGGGCCCAAUGCCACCAGAGCUCCUCCUGUCUGCUUCUCCUCCGUGAACAAACAGGGAAACAAAUAUGGAAACUGCGGCCAGUUCCCCAACGGCUCCUACAUCCCCUGCUCUGACCUUGACGUGCACUGUGGUAGGAUCCAGUGUCAGGGGGGCAGGGAGCGCCCCCUGCUGGGCACCAACGCAGAGAUCCUCACCACCACCGUGCGCUUCAACCACAGCGACCAGGUGUGCCGCGGGACCUUCUUCCACCUGGGCGACGACGUGUCCGACCCGGCCGGCGUGGCCCAGGGCGCCGCCUGCGCCCCCGGCAGGGCCUGUCUGAACCAGAGGUGUGAGGACGUGUCGGUGUUCGGCGUGGACGACUGUCGCAGGAAGUGUAACGGACACGGGGUGUGUAACAGCAACAGGAACUGUCACUGUGACGUGGGCUGGGCGCCGCCGGACUGCCGCUUCGCCGGCCACGGGGGCAGCGUGGACAGCGGGCCGGCCCGGGACCCCGCAGAGUCAGACCCGGUGCGUGUCGCCCUGCUGGUCAUCUUCCUCUUCAUCCUGCCCGUCGUCCUCCUCUUCCUCGCUCUCCGGUUCCCGAGCUGUCGCCGCCGGCUCGUCUGUCUGACGGCCAGCAGCCCGCUGCACAAAGCCCGCCAGCACAGCCGUGUGGCACCUUGUGAGUGGCGGGGUUUGGAGUUUGACCCCGACCGCCCGGCCAGAACGCCGGUGACGGAGCGAGUGGACGACAGGAACGGAGAGCAGGUCCUGCCGCUGAGGUACCACCUGCCUCAGGCUGACAUCCCACUGACCACGCCCUCCAACAAGGUGCCUGACAGACCUGCUCCUCCCACUAAGCCCCUCCCCCCCGACCCACACCUAAAAAACCUGCAGGUUGACGUUCCACCCAAACCCCCAUUGCCCAAAAAGCCCCCCCCUCCGGACCUGCCCCCCCACCUGCACCACCCGGGCUACGCCACCGGCACCAAGCGCCCCCCGCAGGCAGCCGUCACACCUGCAGGCUUCCCCAACAGACCUCCUCCUCUUCCUCCGACUCGACCCACAAUCCCCAGGAAGCCCGAGCCCUCCCCCCCGCUGUGACCUCAGCAGCCAACUCUGCGUCAGCCAAUCAGGCGAGAGAGAGAGAGCGAGGGAAGCGUUUAAAGAGACAACUCGGAUAAAAACACUGGUUGUGUUUUUACGUUUGACUGCGUCUGAGUCGCCGUCGAUGCUCCGUUUGUGUUGCCAUGGCGACGCAAAACCAGGAGAAGAGGAACUGAAGAUGAGGAUGAUGAAGAUGACUUAAUUAGACAGUUGUCGGAUUUCUCAUCCAAGACACACACACACACACACACACACAUGUAAACACAGCACGCGUACCCAGCAUGUAUCUCCAGAGCGGACUCAGCAGCGCCCCCUGGAGCCUGUGCCAGCUCAGUGCCUUGCUCAGCCUCACGGGCGGUGAUGGAAGGCAGCGCAGACGCACAGCUGAACUCCACCCUCUUCUCAUCCACUUUGACUGACAGUUCCCCCAAGUGAUGUCACUUUAAAGGGGGCGGGGCUAAGGAGUAGCUCCACCCGCAGAGGAACACCUCAGGACACCUGAGCAGGAACCUGCAGGGGUUUGAACCUGCAACCUUCCAGCUGCAGAGGGAACAGCCUCAGCUGGAUUUACCCCAGUGGUUCCCAAACUGGGGUCCAGGGACCUCCAGGGGCCCCUGAGGACGUUCCACAUGUUUUCAGCUCAAUGAGAGAAAGCAUCAGCAUGACUGGUCUGAGGCUGCGUCCACACCAAGGUGAUUUUAUUUUGAAAACACAACUUCCUCUCCCUGUUCCAGAAUUCUGUCCAGACCAAGACGAUGUUAAACACCAACGAGCGGCGUCCCAGCGCCACUUUGGUCCUGUUCCUCUGUCCAACCACCUGCAUCCAUCUGUGAAGCUCCGCCUCCUCUGGCCAUGUGAAUCACUCAGCCACGUUUUUGUGUCACUCCACUUCCUGUCCCCCUCAGGUUUGGACGUUGUUGAGACAUUUGGAAGCCGAUUAAACUCUGGGAUGUCAAGAAACGACAGCUUACGUUUCAGAGGUCAGAGGUCAGAGGUCGGACAGGAUGUGGAAACAGGCUGGUUAUCUAGAAGGCAAUGCAAUAAUAAUAAAAUACAGAAAAAUAUCUUAUCGGUAUAGGCUUCAGAAAUGCUUCCAUCCAAUGGCAAUUGAGUUUUUUGUUGUUUUUUUUUUUUAAAUUACUAAAGUUGUGUUUUCAAAAACUCUGUGUGGACACAGCUCAAAGCUUCACCAGGUGGACUAAAGCUUCACCAGGUGGACUAUGAAAAGGAGGUCUGAAGUGUCGGCCUCAGUGAUCCGGGAGUUCUUGGACAAACAGCCGCUGGCUGAAAACAGAAGUGACUUUGGGAGAUAAAAUGUGGGAUCGUCUGCAAACUGUUGCCUAACUCAGCUGCCGCCCGCCGCCGUCGCCCUGUCUGCCGCAGCGAGCCGAGGAAACCGGCUCCUCACCAACAACAAGCCUUACCGCCGGGGGACGUCCCGCGUGCCGGAUCAGGUUCUUUACCGUCGUCCCAGCCUUGACAUUUGUGUUCAGACAGCCGGGAGAAUGUACGCCGCGUGUCCGUCAGCUGUUAUCAUGCCAAAGAAGAAGAAGAGCCCGAGAGGGUUUGGCUGGUCCUCGCCGUUCAAACUGUUGCCUUUUGAAUUUGAUUCAGUUUCCUGAAUCUGGACAAUCAUGUUUUUAUUAGGAUUUAGAGCUCAGCCUCCUGCUGCAUAGCAUGAACUUAUUUAGCUAAAAAAAAAAAAAAAAAUGUAAAACCUCAUAAAAAGUUUCUACUCCUUUUUUUCUUUUUCUUUUUUUUCUUUCUUUGCUGUUUCUCGACACCAGAAGGACACUGACUGGCCGCCCCUUUGGACCAAUCAGCCAAUCUAACUCCGUCUAACACGAGUGGAUCUACAGUCAUUUUUUAUUGAGCCUUAAAUAAAGUAUAUGAUUGGCUGUGUGCCUCUGGGGGGGCGGGGCUCUGACACAUGAGACCAGAAGAGUCUGAGAUCAGGGAAACUUUAAUCUGCUUUACAUCUGCAUUAACAUACAGCUUCAGUCUCUGGAUUAUAAUCUGACAGAGUUUAGCUGCUGUUAGAGAGAUGGGAAACAUAAUUUUUUAUUAAAAUGCUUUUUAUUGUCAUCAUGGGGUGAGGAAACAUCCUGACGUUGUUUCUCUCAGCUGAUUUCAAACCAGUGGUUUUUGUUGGAGCUUUAGCUUUAGCUUUAGCUUUAGCUAGCCAUGGCCUGCUGCUCCAAGCCUCCAGAGCUGGAGUGGAUUAAAUCUCCACUUCGUCACUGCUAGUGGACUUCAGGAAGCCUCCCUCCCAUCUCGGUGGAGGACGAAGACAGAACUCAGAGAUAGUAAAAGAAAAUUCCUGUUUCUCGCUGGGUUUGCCAUUCCUUUAACGCCUCUCAGGUCAUGUGAUCACAGCAGACGGGACUUCCUGUCGGUCCGUCCCCAGCGAUGCAGCUCACCUGCUCCUUUCUUCUCUUUUCUUUCUUUGAUUCCUCUGUCCAUUGUCCCGGCUCACUCUGUCCCUCCUCACACUCACCUGUCCCGUAAACCCGUCCCGCCCGCGGCGUCCAGCCUCUUUAUGUUCCUGACAAAGACGCCGCCAUCUCACCGCAACAACAACCAAAAGCCUGGUGUCACAUGAGCACACGGCUGGGCGGGGCGGCAUCCGUGAUGCCAGAUUAGAUAUCAUCUGGGAUUUUGGAUUUUUAAAUCCUGUCAUGUAGAAGAAGCUGUUGUUCCUGGUGGUCCACGUGCCAGAUCACACGUCUGCAGGCUGGGAACAUCUGAUCCAGCCCCACAGUAUUGAUUAUUGAUUAUAUUCUGCCCAGCCCGACAUUAGCAGCUCAGUGUUUCUCCCAGAGAGUAUAUCCGAUCAUUCAUUUGACUGAUUGAUUAACUGGUUGAUUGAUUGAUUGAUUGGCGUUCCCUGUCCGUGUGUUUGCUGCCGGGGGCAACGGCCUCAAUUAAACAAACUGCUUCUGC